AUGGAACUAUUGGCAAUGUCAUGUGUAAGAAAUGCGGGUUUAGUUGAAUUAGCUCUUGGUUGUGGGACUUCAUUGAAAGCUCUUGGUAUUGCUGCUUGUGCUAAGAUAACUGAUGUCUCACUGGAAGCAGUGGGCGUACAUUGCAAGUCUCUUGAGACCCUUUCUUUAGAUUCUGAGUUCAUGCACAACAAAGGGGUGCUUGCUGUAGCCCAAGGAUGCCCAUUUUUGAAAGUAUUGAAGCUACAAUGCAUCAAUGUUACUGAUGAGGCUUUGAAAGCUGUAGGCACUUCUUGUGCGCCAUUGGAGUUAUUAGCUCUAUAUAGUUUCCAGAGAUUCACAGAUAAGUUCAUUUUUCAAUUUUUCUAUUGGUUGCCUCUAAAUGUUAUUGGGUACCUUAGCCAAAGAGCAAAUCAAACUGGAAAAUUAUUUCUGAAUUCCACUGAGCAAGGAAGUUGUCUCGUUUUGCUUACAAGGUUUCGCGGAAACAUCUCUGGUUGUGGGAUUGAGAAGCUAGUUAGUGGGAAUGGUGGCUGUUCUGACUACUCUCUUGAUGAUGUUACCAAUAAAUUGGGAGAUAGAGUUCACGGUUUUGGUGUCGAUUAUUGGUAG